AGACUGGAGCAACUGUGGGAAACACCAAUCACGUGAAUAAUCAACACCCAUUUUGUGGCUUUGAAUUCACAAAAUGCAGAAGGCAACCUACUAUGACAACUCUGGACUGUUUGGAGGCUACACCUACCCCAAACCAGAYUCCUACAGCUAUGGCCCUGCUCACCAGUCCUACCCUACUCCUAACAUUGACACUGAUUACCAAGGCUCUGUGUGUCCUAUUCAAACCUCCGCGGUCAGGCCACCUCCAGCCCUUAAAGACAGUGACCUGAACGGGGACUGCAUGCGGCAAAGCAGCAGUCAGAGCAACAACAACAGCAGCAGCAGCAGCACCAGCAGCAGUGGCAGCAGUCAAGCGAACAGUAUUUCUGAGCAGCAGGUACCCCCACUGUCUGCAGCCUCCCCGAGCUCCAACAGCUCCACAUCCCAGAAGAAGAAGUCUCCAAACAACAGCKCGUCGGGCCCGGCCACUCCGGCCCUCACCAAGCAGAUCUUCCCCUGGAUGAAGGAGACCAGGCAGAACUCGAAGCAGAAGAGCAACAACAACUGCACUGCUGCAGGUGGGGAGGUGAGUGAUGAGAAAAGCCCGCCCGGACCGGCCUCCAAGCGGGUCAGAACUGCUUACACCAGCGCGCAGCUUGUGGAGCUGGAGAAGGAGUUUCACUUUAACCGCUACCUUUGUCGCCCACGGAGGGUGGAGAUGGCCAAUCUGUUGAACCUCACCGAGCGUCAGAUAAAGAUUUGGUUUCAGAACAGGAGGAUGAAAUAUAAAAAGGACCAGAAGUCAAAGGGGCUGGCGCACUCCCCGAUGGGACACUCCCCGGACAGAAGCCCGCCGCUCAGCGGGCCCAAUCACACCGGAUACGCGGGCCAGCUCCAAAACGUGAACAGCUUGAGCUACGACGCGCCCUCGCCGCCGCCCUUCGCCAAGCCCCAGCAGAACAUGUACGGCCUGGCCGCGUACACGGCGCCGCUGGGCGGAUGCAUCCCUCAGCAGAAGCGCUACCCGGGCUCCGAGUACGAACACCACAGCAUGCAGAGCAACGGAGGCUUCGCCAACGCCAAUUUGCAAGGCAGCCCCGUGUACGUGGGUGGGAACUUUGUUGAUUCCAUGCCAGCCUCGGGCCCCAUGUUCAACCUCGGCCAUCUCCCCCACCCAUCAUCCACCAGCGUGGACUACAGCUGUGCCGCUCAAAUCCCAGGAAACCACCACCACGGACCGUGUGACCCCCACCCCACGUACACAGACCUCACCUCUCACCAAGUUUCUCAGGGAAGGAUUCAGGAAGCGCCCAAGCUGACGCAUUUGUAAUAUUAUGACGUUUCUUGUGCGUGCGUGUGUAUGUGUGCGUGUGUGUGCGUGCGUGCGUGCCAAAUUACGUUGCGCUCUUUUUUAUUACCUCACUAGACUAUUAACUAUGCUCCGAGUGAGCCGUGUGUACUAUGACAGUAUUAUUGAUAUUAUUAUUAAUGCUAUUGUGUAAUUAUUUUCUAAAUAAUACAGCUUUGUCCAUUUCUCUUAAAAUUUGGAGAAGCUCUAGCCUGAUUGUUAAUAGUUCUUUUGUUGUUCCCCCCCCCCCCCCUUUUCGUUUAUUCUCAUGUGCAAUGCGCAAUGUUUGACUGAAUAUUUCAUGCCGUUACUUGAAGGUAAGUCUUGUAGAUCACAAAAAGUAGAAGCUCAUCCUUAGAUGGAAAGAUUUUUAGGGGGGAAAAAAAAAGAAGAAAAAAUUGUCUGCUUGUUAAAGGAUCUCAUUUUUUUCCCUCACCCUAUUUAUUUAUUGCGUCAUUAAUUUUGCAUAAUCCCGGCACUAUAGCAUAUAGCCUAUUUAAUUAUUUAAUUGCUUUUGUAUUGCACAUUAUUUAUCGUUUAUUAUGCGAGUAUUUAUAAGUGUGGAUUUCCGUGGCCAGAUCGGACAGAGCGGUGCACUUGUUGGGCAAAACAGGGUUUGUGUAUUUUUGUCAGAAAUGCUACCAAGUAUUGAUGGCGGAAGGAGCAUUUCGAAUUGUAUAAAUCUGAGACAAAUGGGGGCAUUUUAUAGCUAGUAAACAUGUCCACGGUUAAUCUCGUGUCAAAACCUUAAGCGAAACGUAGACUAUCGAAAAAUCAAAUAUUACGCACACCAGCAUGUCAUUUUGUGUAGUCCUUUGCGUUUCCUUUUUUUGUUGUUGUUGUUAUAAUUAUUUGUCUUCCAUUGUUAUUCCAUUCAGUUGGACACCCAUAAAUUUAUGAAACCCCGAUGAUAUUGAAAUGUUAUAUUUUAUUGUGUUUAACAUUUUGUAAAUAAAGUGCUUAAACUUGUA